UCUUCUGUGAACAUGACACCACGGAACAUUCACCCAGAUUUAUCACAGCCCGCCAAAAACUCAUCUUUUCCUUUUCUUUCUUUUUCUUUUCCAUUUUCUUUAAUCUUUGCUUGGCAAGAAAGAAAAACUAAAAAUAAAUGGCAUAUAAUCAAUACGGAGGUGGUGGGUACAAUCCAGGUGGUUACCAGCAACAAAAUAAUUAUGGUGGCUACCAACCUCCCCCAACUCCUCAACAACAGCAACAACAAGCCUACGGCGCCUACGGUGGUAGACCACAGCACCAAGGAUAUCCACCAACACAGAAUUAUGGUAGACCACCUCCACCUGUGGGACCUCCACCAGGUGCUGAUCCUCAAUUAUGGAGUUGGUUUACAGCUGUUGAUACUGAUCAUUCCGGACAGCUCUCAGUGGAUGAACUACAACGUGCUUUGGUAAAUGGUGACUGGAGCCCUUUCAAUAUCGAAACAGUUCGUACAAUGGUUAAUAUGUUUGACAAAAAUAAUAGUGGUACUAUUGACUUCAACGAAUUCGCUGGAUUAUGGAAGUAUAUCGAGGACUGGAAGCGUUGUUUCCAAGCUUUUGAUACAGAUAAUUCAGGCAAUAUUGAUCAUGUAGAAAUGGGAAAUGCAUUAAAAACAUUCGGCUACAAUUUAUCAGAGCCCUUCAUCCGCCUUCUGGUGCAAAAGUUCGAUAAAUACGGCAAAGGAAAUAUUACCUUUGAUAACUUCGUUCAAGCAUGCGUUACCAUUAAAACACUGACGGAUUCUUUCAGACAAUUCGAUACUGAUAACGAUGGUUGGAUUCAAAUCAAUUAUGAACAGUUUCUAGAACUCGUGAUUCGCCAACGCUCUUAAAGGAGACAACUUUAAUUACUCAAAAGAAAUUGCUUUAUGUCACUGCAAAUACCAAAAAACAUCCAAACCCUAACCUGUCAGCCCUCCGACUACAAUAGCAAUUUACUAUGUACCAUAAUCCUAACGCUAAUGUUACUUAACCAUAAUGUUAAUAAAAAGAGAAGAUGCAACCAAAUAUUUCAUGUAACACGAAGAAAAGCGAGGAUGACGAGUAUGAAAACAUUGGCUCUGAAUUUAGAAGUAAUUCGUUGAAGCACGAUUGUUUAGGAAUAAAUCGGUGAAAAGCGAAUAUUUUUACUUUGCAGUGUUAUAUUCACAAUGUCCACUAUCGCUUUAUGCUGCGGCACUUCAACGGAGUGACUGGUGAAGUCUGCUUUCCAAAUCGUUU